AUGGACUCUCAAAAUGUGGUUGUGAUCCAGCCCCAGUUUUCAACUGCCCAACAACCAGGCAGGUGGCAGACUGGGCUGAUGGAUUGCUGCUCCGACUGCGGCGUGUGUCUCUGUGGAAGCUUCUGCUACCCAUGCCUGGGGUACAAGGUGGCCGGGGACAUGAACGAGUGCUUCCUGUGUGGGACCAGCGUGGCCAUGAGGACCCUCUACCGCACCAGAUACAACAUCCCGGGGUCCAUUUGCUCUGACUUCUGUAUCACCCUGUGGUGCCCCGUGUGCUCUGUUUGCCAAAUAAAGAGAGACAUCAACCGCAGGAAGGAGCAGGGCACAUUCUGGUAA